UCAAGGAGGACAGGUCCUAAGGGCAGCAACCGAUUGAAGGCUGGUGGUUUGAUUGCAUUUGCGACAUUGCCUUUGUUUCUGAACGCUGCUGGAUGAUUUAUUGAUCAUGCGCAAUGCAUGACUGGAGUUUGCUUUAAUGAAAAGCUCAGAAGAAGGGAUUUCUGCUCGUCUCAGUUGGAACUUGCAGAUUACAACUUGGAGUUCAAGGUAUGGAGACCCAUGCAGCCCUACAAAGAGCACACUUCUCCACCGCAGGUAGCUAGUUCUCGCCUGCUGCUGGGCUGCUCCCUCCUACGCAAACCUCGGCCAAAACCACCGGGAUUUUAAAAGUCCUCAUUAGCGCCCCUGUGCCCAUCCUAAAGGGGCACAAUGGGGGAAAGACGAGCGCGCUCCUUUCACAUGACCUGCCAUGUGCAGCGGGACUACGGCAGCAGGAUGCGGAGCUCCUUCAUACGCUGCAGCCCCAACGGAUGUGCCGGCACAAGCAUCAGCCUCAGCUUGGACCAGGAGAUGGACCUGGCCGCCUCCACCGGUCCCACCGCCGGCUGCGGUGCCUUGCGGGUCCCCGUGCCUGACGUCGGCCACUACUCGCCAGUUUCGCUGGAGAUGGACCCCCCGGCGGUGAAUAAUGGAUCAGGCUUCCCCUGCUUACCUCCAGCUGACACAAAGGAUCCGGAGCUGCAGAUCGCACACAGCCAGCCGUCCGUCACCCCCGUCCCGCCGCCUCUCCCUCGCUCCAGUUGGCUGCGCCAUCAUCAGAAGGAGUUCCAGAGUCCUUACAUCAAGACUAGCAUGCAGGGGGAUGUUUACAACUUUCUAGAAAGACCCGCGGGGUUGAAAUGCUUCCUCUACCACUUUCUAGUCUUCCUCAUGGUGUUGGUGUGUCUUAUCUUCAGUGUUCUGUCCACAAUAGAACAAUAUGCAGACUUUGCUACAGGAACGCUCUUUUGGAUGGAGAUCGUGCUGGUUUUGUUCUUUGGCACCGAGUAUGUGGUCCGGUUGUGGUCAGCCGGCUGCCGCAGCAAAUAUGCGGGCAUCAAGGGACGCCUCCGCUUUAUCAGGAAGCCCAUAUCAAUCAUAGAUUUAAUAGUUGUGAUCGCCUCCGUCAUUGUGCUCGGCGUGGGGUCAAACGGGCAGGUGUUCGCCACGUCCGCCAUCAGGGGCAUCCGCUUCCUGCAGAUCCUGCGCAUGCUGCACGUGGAUCGACAAGGAGGAACAUGGAGGCUGCUGGGAUCCGUCGUCUUUAUUCAUCGACAGGAGCUGAUCACCACCCUGUACAUCGGCUUCCUGGGUCUGAUCUUCUCCUCGUACUUCGUCUACUUGGCGGAGAAGGACGCCGUGGACGAGGAGGGCAAGACGGGUUUUUCCAGCUAUGCUGACGCGCUGUGGUGGGGCGUGGUGACAGUCACCACCAUCGGAUAUGGAGACAAAAUUCCUCAGACGUGGAUAGGGAAGGCCAUUGCCUCCUGUUUCAGUGUCUUCGCUAUCUCUUUCUUCGCUCUGCCUGCUGGGAUUUUGGGUUCAGGGUUUGCCCUCAAAGUCCAGCAGAAGCAGCGACAGAAGCACUUCAACAGACAGAUCCCUGCUGCGGCCUGCCUCAUCCAGACGCUCUGGAGGUGUUACGCUGCGGAGAAACCCAACGGCUGUGCUGCCACGUGGAAAAUGUACGUCUUGACUCCAGAGGGUGUGGCCGCGGCUCAGGCAGACAGCGGCAGUCCGAGCAUCAAGAAGCUGAACUUGGCGAAAAAGGGGACUAAAAGACGGCUGAAGUCCAAAGGAACCGGAUCUUUGGGUGUUGCCUCAGGGAGGGCCGUGUCGAUCCCUCAAAUCACGUAUGAUCACAUUGACGACUCGGUGGAAAAGAAGGACGUCUCGUUUUACAUCAAAGAGCCAAGGGGGACAGCUGAAGGGAUUACCAGGAUGUUCAGGAAAACAGGCCCUCCUCACCACUCUUGGUCAUCUUUCACUCUGAGCUGCCCUGCUUCCCCAGUAAAGGGGAGUGGCAAUAAAAGCACGUCCAUAGACAUCUCCCGCGCCAACAGCCUAACCGAUGACCUAGAUGACAUGAGUGAGGAUAUUCCCUUGCCGGUGGUCACCAACAAGAACCAGUUAUCCCAUGCCCAGAGGUCUGCUGUGAAAGUCCUGCGCAGAAUGCAGUACUUCGUGGCCAGGAGGAAAUUUCAGCAAGCUCGGAAGCCCUAUGAUGUGCGAGACGUGAUCGAGCAGUAUUCCCAGGGUCACCUCAACAUGAUGGUUCGCAUCAAGGAGCUGCAGAGAAGGCUGGAUGGCACCCUCGGGAAGCCAGGAAUGUUUUUGCCAGGAAAGGGGGAAGAUAAAGAGUACCCAACCAUUGGAGCACGCAUGAUCAGAAUGGAAGAUAAGAUUCACCAGAUGGACCGGAAAAUGGACUCCGUCCUGCGGAUUCUGACGGAGCAGUUCCCACCCAAGCCGGAUCUGACGUCCAAGCCGUCCAUCCGUCGGGUGACCAUCCAGAAGCGCAUGGGCGCCAGCAUCGACGAGGCGCCUUGAUAGAGCGAAGAUGACCAAGUCCAGGCGGAGGGCGAUUAAAACACUGGGACUUCACUUCAACAGCCUAGUCCGUCUCACAAAGCAUAAGGGGUAUCAGUCUUCCACAACGUCCUCUUUUACCGCAGACACGCAUCCAUCCAGCCUAACUGGACUCAGACUGAAACUAACGUUUGUUUGUGGGAACUGGAUAACACUGGGAGUGGAAAAGAAAGAUUACCUGUUGGUUUUGCCCCCACUGGACUACAGUUGCAGUGGCGACGACUUAUUGCCACAGCAGACGAAUUAAAUGCGCCCUGUUUUUAAAUGGAUAAAUAGUUUUGUUUUUUUUUUAAAUAAUAAAAAAUUCAGAAUAAUAGUUCCCUUAUCUGGUGGCGGAGGUCAGAUGGUUUUGUUGACUUUAUAGAAAUCCUAGAGAUAGUGGAAAGCUAACAGCUUGUCAGACGGAUCCGCCUAUGUAGCUGAUUUCAGCAACUUGAAACCGAAGGUGUUCCUACUAACGAUGCUAUUUUAGAGGAUGUAGUUUCACAAGAGACCGUGGUUAAUUUUGUUGCUGCUUUUCCUGCCAAAAACACACCUGAGUACAUCCAGAUACAUCGCUUGAGGCUGCAAGCUGCAGCCGGCUAAUUGGGAGAUAAAUCGCCUCAUUGCAUCCAUUGAUGCCUUUGCAAAAAUAAUUGUAUUCAAUUAUUUUAAAGGUUUAGACACCCCAGGUUUAAGCUAGUGAGGCAGGUUAAUACAGUUAGCAUCGUCAACUAGCAUAACGUUAGGUCACAGGUUUUACACUUACAGUCUCAGCAACAAACGUGACUGUCUUAUACUAAAGUGUGAAAGGUUAAUAUUCCCAAUUAUGCCGUGGUAUCCUAUGGUUAUAGUUGCUAGUCUCAGCUAACAUCUAGCUAGCUGUUAGCAUUGCAGCACUUUACAAACUCACUGCCAUGUGACGUGUUUCUGCUUCAGGUAAAUGAAUUAUUACUGAUAACUUUAUAGAAGCUGACUUCAAAAAAUAUAUACAGUAUUUUAAUUAUUAUUAAUAAUAAUAAUAAUAAUUAAUAAUGAAAGAUUCAGGCACCCCGCACUAAUAUUUAUACUGCAAAACAAAUAGUUGUUUUUUUUUGUUUUUGUUUUUCUUGCUGUGAUUGUACCUCUUCUCCAAAUCGUACGUUUUUGGCGAGAUUUUUAUAAAGUGAUUUUAUAGUGAAGAUUUUUAAGAACUUUUUUUUUUCUUAUGCAUGUUUACUAUACAAACCUUUGGGCAAACAAUGAUAUCACAGCCUAAUUUUGCACAUCCCCACUACUGCUUUGAGUAUCAGUGGUGCGUUAUGUUUCUGGCAGUUUCUGAGUUUCAAGUCGGAAACACAAAACUGACCAACUGAGUUUGAAAAACUUUAAAGAUCAGAUCUGAUGCACAUUUAAAAGUAAAGGUAAACUUGUUUGCGUCAAAUUCUGAGAGAAAUUGAAAGCAGCACAAGCGAGUACUAAAAAUGACCACAACUAUGGUCACGCUGUUUGUGGGGAUUGUUUUUGUUAACGUUUGGCUAGUUAGCUUUCGGGCAACAAGGCAUCACUGCUGCUUCAGCCCAAGUUCUGGGUGGGAAAUAAAGGAACUUUCAUGCUGAUAUUGACAAGAAACUAUUUUUAAUGGAGAAGAAUAAUAAUGCAGAAAAUGUAGAAUGUUUAUCGUUGGACUUUGGUACGCCAUUGUGGCACAAGGACCCAGCCCUAGGGCUUUGUCCAGAUAGAGAAAUACACUCCUGAUCCUGGAAAUUUCCAGGAUCAGGAGUGGGAUCCUGAAAUGUGGGAAAGAAAUUAUACGUACUCACAUUUCAGUGUGCUGGACCCUCACAGCUUGUAAGUAGAGCAUCAACAUGCAAAAAGAAGGAAAAGAAACAAUAGACGAAAGAAAUAAGACCAUGUUAAGUAUUAAAAACUUCAUGUUAACUCAAACAGGCCAUUAGUUGGUCAAAAGCUUAAAGCAAUUAGCCUUAAAAGGGAAUAAUCAGUGCUUAAAAUCUGGCUUGUAUAGACUUUUCUGUCCGGGAGUCACAUGUGAUAAUCAUAUGUGACGUCUCAUCGGACAUGGGACAACGCUCAAAGUAACACUGUCAUUUAAAAAUUAUUAAAACAUCUUGUGGGACAAAAAAGUGAGAGGUUAUAGUCCCUGAAAUCUCCCUAAGGAUCCCACAGGCUGAACACAAAAACACUGACAGGUCCAAAGUCAAGGCACUUACUGAAGCUGAUUUCAGACUAAAAACCUUAAGACAACUUUAAAAACUUCUCUAAGGACUACACAGUAUGUAAGUAAGUAGAGUUUAUUUCUAAAGCUUUUCACAGACAUAAAAUCACAGAUUGGCGUACAGUAAAAAUCCACUCGUCAACAUUUCUUCCCACACAUGGAGCAACAGCAGCAGCAGUCAUCUAACAGAGGACUUCUACCACCAGAAUGGCAUCAUUAUGUUGGAUUGUUCUCCAUGUUCUCUUAAAUCACACAGGAUUUAGGAGAACAUGGCAGAUGUCAGCUCCUGGCUUCAAAGCUAGGAGAACGUAUACCAGUUCAAAUCCAGAGUAGGAGUGGGCAUUCAUCGUAUCGUUGAUCAAUUUAUCGCGAUAAUUUCCUUAGCAUGAUAAGGAUCUUCAUGUAUCGUUGUCACGAUAAAUUCCAAACUGAUGUUUAAAGACCUCCAAAGCUGUCCGUAUCGUUGGUUUUUACUAUUUUUCUCCACCUUUGAUCCUUUCAUGUUCUAUAAAAGUAUCAGUAAACAUCAAUGAAUUUAAAAGCGUAAUAAUAGAUUCUUAUAGUCAGUUUUAUCGAUAUCAUACCACAAAACAUUGUGAUAAAAUUUUUAAGCCCAGCAGCAUCAAAAUUCAAUUCUUGUAACUUUCUUUGUGAGCUGGAGUGUGUCUGAAUAAAUAUUCUUUUCUUUUUUUUUUAAUAUCUGGACUCACAUAAUUGAGUCAAAUGUAGCUUUUUUUUAUUGACAUAAAUAAAAAGUUCUUAUUUUGUAUUUCAUCUUACGGGCUUUGGAGACGUGUGAGCGGUGGAAAACAGAAAGUAGCUCAGCUAUGUUGCCAUUGUAAUGGAAGGCCUCUCGUAAUUAUAGCGUGCACAUUCCUAAAACGACGGACCCGCGCACACACGCGUCAAAGCGGGGUGAACAAGGGCAGCAGAAGAAGAAGAUGAUUUUCUCUGCACUAGUAUGUAUUUUUAUAUUUGCUGUGGUUAAAAUGACCUGUUAUUUAUCUCGUAUCGCAUAAAGCAGUUGGAUUCGAAGAGAGCUCUCGUUGCUUCUCCUGUACAGUUUUCUAAGAGUUGUAAAUAGAAACAUUGCCUUAUUGCACUGUGUUCAUAACGACGUGAAAAGAUCAACCCGGGACGUGUCUACUAGUUGGAAGUACAAGAAACGCUGUCAGACUCCUGAAGUCAAAAUGUGUAAAAAAUGAUUUGAAAUGCUGUUUAAGACAUUCCCUCUUUAUUGUAGCUUUGCUGUAAAUAAUAAAAGUCCUUUUCAGUAUAAAAUGUUGCUCUCAGCUCGUCUGUUACACUGGCUUGGAAAAGUAUUCAUACGUUGCUGAGCUUGUUUACAUUUUGGCAAAUGCCACCAAAACUGAACAAAACAAUGUUUGUGAAU